CACUGAUUAGUGAUUUGUUUACAAUUCGUGUUCGAAUAAUGCAUAUUUAUUAUUUUGAAAUUUGAUGCAUAUUGUAUUGUGCUAUCUGAUAAUAAAUUAUCGUUACUUUGGAAAUUGAUAAAGUCGUAAUUAAUAUAAAAAAACAAAAUUUUAUACAAUUUAAUACUGAGUUUAUAUCUCAUAAUAUGGCAAAACUGUACAAGAAAGAUGCAAGCCCACCAGCUAGAACGGUUAUGAUUGCUUCCUAUAUAUUAGGAGUUCCUUACGAACCUCAAGAAUUAAAUCCAUUAUUACGGCAACAAGACACUCCGGAAAUGUUUAAGAAAAACCCUAUGAAGACUAUACCUUUAUGGGAAGAAGAUAAUUUCUGCUUAGCUGAUAGCCAUGCUAUAAUUCUCUACCUGUUUGAUAAAUAUGCUAAGCCUGAGCAUGAACAUUUAUAUCCUAGAGACAAAAGAAUAAGAGCUACUAUUAAUCAUAGAUUAUUCUUUGAUUGUGGCAUUUUAUUUCCAAGAUUAAGAUCUAUAAUGGGGCCAACAUAUACUGGAAAAUUGACAAAGUUAUCAAAAUCAAUGAUAAGGAAUUUGGAAAGUGCCUAUGAAAUUCUAGAGAAGUACCUUGAAAACACCAUAUACUUAGCUGACAAUCUUAUGACACUGGCUGACAUAAGCAUAUUUACAACUAUGUCUACUCUUAAUGGUUUACAUCCUAUCGACAGUAAUAGAUAUCCAAAACUAAAAAGGUGGUUUAAUGUCAUGUGUGCUGAAAAAUUUAGUCAAGAAAUUAAUGAGCCAGGUGCCAAAGAACAUGUGGAGGGACUUUUAGCUUUUAUGAAAAACAAUUUGAAUAAAUCAAAACUUUAGUAUUGGUAAGUUUUAGCUAAGAAUUACUGUGUUACCCACAUAUUGUGGUUAUUUAACAUGUAUAUGUGAAUGGUGCUUAAUAAUUUGGUGAAAUAUAUAUAGAUACAGAAAUA